AGUAUAAAAUGCAGUGGACGCCGAUGCAGUACCACCAUUAGACAACUGCCAGUUUGUCCAGCCACAUAGGGGAAUCCGCCAUUCCGAGAACCGCUCAACAUGAUGAAAUUGAUGCUAGUCGUUAGCUCGAUAGCCCUGCUCCUGGCGCUGGCCAGUGCCCGGCCCCAAAAUGAUGUGGAAGUUCUGGAGUACGAAUCGGAGAACACUGGCCUCGGUGGCUACAAGUUCAGCUACAAAUUAAGCGAUGGCACCAGUCGCACCGAGGAGGGCGUGGUCAACAACGCGGGCACCGACAACGAAUCUAUAUCCAUCCGGGGAUCUGUCACCUGGGUGGCUCCCGAUGGCCAAACCUACACCAUUAACUUUGUGGCCGACGAGAACGGUUUUCAGCCGGAGGGCGCCCAUCUGCCAAAGUAGAUCUAAGCUACUGAGCAGAUCCUGUAAAUACCACCAUCCCUAAAGAACCCACAACCUAAAAAACUCCAACCAACCAGCCAUACAGUGAGGUGCUAAGGUCCUGCCCGGAGGAGCUGUCCCUUGUCCCGUGGCAGCCAAUCGGUCAGUCAGUUAGUAAGUCGAUCAGUCAGUCAAGUUAGUGUCGUGCAUUGUUUUCUGUUUUCCUUGUUACUCGCAUUAAAACCGAACUUUCGAU